CGGAAGUCUUUCACGGGGAAGCGUUGUUUCCGGGGCUGUCCAGGCUGGUUGAGCUGUGUCGGCCGCAUUGAGCGCUGAAGCUGAGGUCGUGGCCCACUAUGAGAGAGACUCUGCGGCCCGCAGCUUUGGAACUUUAAAGAACGAACAGUGUGGCUUUGGGAGAGUGGAGGAAAGAUGUCAACAGUAUGAGCUGGAAACCAUCUGAUCAGUCAGGAAGGAAUUAUGUAACGAUUGACUGUUGAUUAAAUGUUGUUGAUUUACAUAAUCACUCCUGUGUAGACAGUAUUUUCACAACACUAAAUUUGUAAUGAAAUGGAGUCUGGAUCAAGCUCUUUCCGAGUGGAAUUUCCAGAUUUUUCAAGCACCAUUUUGCAGAAGUUAAAUCAGCAGCGCCAGCAAGGACAAUUAUGUGAUGUGUCCAUUGUAGUUCAGGGCCAUCUCUUCAGAGCCCAUAAAGCUGUUCUUGCAGCUAGCUCACCUUACUUCUGUGAUCAGGUUCUCCUAAAAAAUAGUAGGCGAAUAGUCCUACCUGAUGUGAUGAAUCCAAGAGUAUUUGAAAACAUUCUUCUGUCUACCUACACAGGUCGACUGGUAAUGCCUGCUCCAGAGAUUGUUAGUUACUUGACAGCAGCAAGUUUCCUUCAGAUGUGGCAUGUAGUAGAUAAAUGCACUGAAGUGCUAGAGGGAAACCCAACAGUUCUUUGUCAGAAGAUGAAUCAUAGCAGUGACCAUCAGUCCCCAAGCAGUAGUAGUUACAAUGGCCUUGCUGAAACCUUUGAACUUGGAUCUGGAGGGCAGACAGAAUUCCACAAAGUGCAGGAACUGAGGGAUGGUGAAAAUGAAGAAGAGAGUUCUAAAGAUGAGCUAUCGUGUCAACUGACAGAACAUGAGUACCUCCCCAGUAAUUCUUCAACAGAGCACGACAGACUUAGUACAGGAAUGACAAGUCAGGAUGGUGAAGAAGGAACCAGUGAUAGUGCUGAAUAUCAAUAUACCAGACCUAUAUAUAGCAAACCCAGCAUCAUGUCUCACAAGCGGUGGAUCCAUGUGAAACCAGAAAGAUUUGAACAAGACUGUGAAGGUGUUGAUAAUCCUUAUGAUGAACAUCAGGUUUCUGAAUCCAUGAAUGCCAUUCAGGCAGAUCAUUCAAUCCAGUCUUCAGGUGUUGAAGACUUUCAUAUAGCUGACAAAAAGAUGGAAGCAGAAUUUGAUGAACAGGCAGAUGAAAGUAAUUAUGAUGAGCAAGUUGACUUCUAUGGCUCUUCUAUGGAAGAAUUUUCUGGUGAAAGGGCAGAUGGAAAUUUAAGUGCUCACAGACAAGAUCUUAUGAUAGCAACAGGCUACGGUGAAGGCAUUGAAAUGGCUGCAGGAAUUAAAGAAGAAACGUCCCUCACUGGAUUCUCGCAUGCUGAUAAGCUUUAUCCUUGUCAGUGUGGUAAGAGCUUUACACACAAAAGUCAGAGAGAUCGACAUAUGAGUAUGCACCUUGGUCUUCGACCUUAUGGGUGUGGUGUCUGUGGUAAGAAAUUCAAAAUGAAACACCAUCUUGUUGGCCAUAUGAAAAUUCAUACAGGCAUAAAACCAUAUGAAUGUAACAUCUGUGGGAAAAGAUUUAUGUGGCGGGACAGUUUUCAUCGGCAUGUGACGUCUUGUACCAAGUCAUAUCAAGCUUCUAAAGCUGAACAGAGUACUACUGAGAUGAACUGAGACAUUAGAGCUUACAUUUGUUCAGUACAGUAAUAAAAAUAAACGAAUUAUUCAAAUAGUGUCUGGUACUUGCUAUUGUGAAACUCAAAUUCUCAAAAAACAAGUUUUAAUGAUUACGGUGGUGUGAGCAGACCAAAUGUUUUAUUUUCCACAAUACUAUUCCAGGCGGUGGAUGUGCAGUGGAAGUGGUUAAUCUGAAAGGUGCUUACAAAAUGUGUUCUGUAAGGUCGUCGUGACGUUAAUUGCUAUUACAACAGUAUUUAGAAGCCCUGUUGUUUUCUGAGUCUUAUAAAUUGACAGUAAAACCUAGCUCUAAAUUGACCCAAAUUGUACAAGUAUUUACAUGAAGCAGGAAUUCAAAUAGCCUUAUGGGGGAGGGAAGGGGGAAAUAAUAUUAAAGAGAACUAGGAUAAAUGUACUAGGCUAUGUGGAUUGUCUGUUAAUAAAAUUUCUGUGAUUCAUGUUUUAAGGGAAAAAAAGUAGAAUUUUACUUAAGGCCAGAGACUGCCAACGUAAUCAAUGUGCAUCAUUAAAUAGCCUGCAUUAUUAACUAUCCCUUAUUGCAGUGCUUAAUGAAAGACUGUGUUAAAGGUGGUUUGGCUUUCCUUUAUCUGUCUUCCACUUUUUUUUUUAAAUCUGUCUCCAGUAAGACAAGUUGCUUAAUUUUGUGCUGGUUUCUCUUUAAAGAGUCUGCAAAGCACUUAAGUAUAGUUGAGCACUAUAUGAACUUUAAAUUAUAUUUAAUGCAAAUUUGUUUGUUCUUCCAGGGCCUAAUGCUAUAUGAGUCUUGGCUUGAUUUUAAUUGUUACAUAAUGAGGGCUAUUGAAGUGUGUAUAAUAAGUAUAUCUUAUUUUUUUUAAAAGUAAUAUUUGGAACUUACCCAAAAUGCGAAAAAAUCUAAGAUCUAACUGUAUAUUCACCUUUUUUGUGACUUACUACAGUAGCAAGUACCAAACUCUGUAGUUUCAUAAAUUGACUUGACGUUUAUUGGUACAAAAUCUUGUUUGAGAACUUUUAUUUAGUUUUAGAAACAUGCUUUAGGAAAAUGAUUUAGGCAUUGAUGAUUCUUAGUUCUUUACUUGUUGAAUAGUAAGAAGUAAGAACUAUGAUACAGAUUCUUGGUACUGAACUACUGUGACUGGUUACAUAUGAUCCUAAGUAGCCAGAUCUGUUUACCUCUUCAAGUGAGGUUGCUUGUGGGGGGAGAAGGGAAGAUGUAGAAAUACAGUGUUUGGAUCUGGUAAUCGUGCUGCAGAUCAUGGUACCGUGCCCAUGUCCAAGGUCUGGAUUUUCACAGGGAAAGUGACACUUUUUCAUUAGGAUGAGGAUCUCAUUCUUGGAGCUAGAUGGAGGAAUGUUUGUAGUUUUGAGAGAUGCUGCCAGCUCUGCAGGUAGAGUGAGUGCAUCACUUACAAAGGUGGCAACAGGAUUUUAGGGUUGAAAGCAUAGUGCAUUCCUAUGCAAAAGCAAUAACCCUUCUCUGUACUUUACUAAAAUAUAAAAAGAGUCUUUAGAGUAUGCCUAGAAUAGAAAGAAGUGAUAUCCAAGCAUGGUGUUUGUGACGUGAGGAAAAAAGUUAACAAGUAUCAAAAGCCUUCUAAACCUGUCUGGCCCCAGUUAAUUCAUUAAAUCUGCAAUGUGCAGGAUAAAAUACUUAAACAGGUGACCCUGUAUGCUGAAGCAAAAUCAUGAAGGUAAUGCCAAUUUGGAUUCUUUUUUAAACUCCUAAUUACAACUUGUCUUGAGAUGCAACCAAACAGUAUCCUGAACAUCAGUGUCUUGUGCAAGCUGGGAUUUAUUACUUGGCAGGUUGUAAUUGCUGUCACUUCUUUUCUGGCAUUCUACUUACAAACUUCAGUUUUUUUAAAGAGGCUCUAAAUCUUCUAACAAUUCAGAUAUUUUUUCACACAGAAUGUUCUUAAAACAGAUACUCCCAAAUAUCAUGAAUCCAUUGCUGGCAAUGGGCAUGAGUGGUCAGCAUCAAGGAGUUCCUAUUCUUAGCACUUAAUUGAACUCUAAUAUACCAUGGUGGCCAUAUAUAUAACCCUUGUAAUCAAGGUAACUAAACAGGGAUUUGCUCAUUAACACUGUAACCUGCUUUACGUAUAGAAGCACUUUGUAUUUAAAAAGUAUAAAAAAUAUAUAUAUAAAAUUAUGUUUUUUAAACUUUUAAAUGACAUUCCCUUUAUGAUUUAUUUCCACACUGCUAACACUGUCUUUUUUUAAUACUAAGAAAAUUAUGAUGCUUGCCUGUUUACAUAAGUAUAGAGGAAAGGGUUCUUGCAGUCACUGGCCCGAUUUUUCCAUUCUUCAAGGCCUUACUCUGCAUCCAGGGCGUCAUUUCUGCAAGUACCAUCAUCACAUUUUUGAGGAAGUCAUAUUCAUGCUCAUUUGAAGAAUGAUCUUAUAUAUUGCAUUGGUUUUCAUACCCUUUCAAAUUGUUAUUUCAGCGUUGCAUAAAAAGAUGAAGGAUGUCACUUCCCACUUAACCAAUAAAAGGCUGGUCAGAAGCACCAGGAUGAGAACCAUGGUCAAGCAAAAAAUUAUAACCAUUAAAUCCAGACCACCUUACAGAGCUGCCAGCAAAACUGUUUCUUUUUACCAGUUUGGAAUGACUUUUAUAUGGAAUGUUUUGAAGUUGAAAUUUGCUCCUAUUUGCAGUUAGAUUACUUUAAAAUAAAGCUUUAAAAUGUACCGAGAGAGACACUUUAAAUGUUUUUAUAACAGGUCCAGUAGAUCAUAUUAUAGAACCAUAUCCUCCUUUAGUGAUUCAGCAUGAAUACUAUUUUUUAAAUAUUUGCCUGUUACUGUUUUACUCUAUAAUAUGACAUCAUCUGGAACUCCAGCAAAAGUUGCUGCACUGAUUUUUUUUUUUUUUAUUUUUUUGUUAACACUUGACUUUCUGAUGUUAAUUCACAUGAAACCAUCUGAUGGAAGGAAAAUAUUGAUAAGGUUAUUACGAGAGUUAAUUGAGAGUGUUGAGUGUUUAAGUGAAGCUUGAGGUACUUUUGUAAAAAUGUUACUUUUGUCUACCACAGGCAAAAAGUUGACUUGGAAUGCUUUUACAGAGCUUAACUUACUGUGUUUCAACAGACUUCUAAACACUGAUGGAGGUAUUGAGAAAAGAAAAACAAAAAAUUAAACGCUUUCCCUUCCUUAGCUCACCUUAACUGAUGCCUCUCUUCCUCUGGCUCUCUGGCUUCCUAAUCUUAUUUCUGCUUGUUUUCACUGGGAGUUCCUCUAAAUCACUUCAUUUCAAUUCUCUUGGUGAGGUGAAAGUUUGCAUAGGAGGUUGGGGUUAUAUAUAUCCUUGUUUCUUAGUGGGUGGCCCCUCCUGUGCCAGGCUUGUUAGUGUCACUGACCCUUGGUGUGGUUUAUCCAUGGGCUGUCGUUGUUCCUGGAGUAUGCUUGUUCUUGGUUGGGUCACCCCUGGGGCUCAUUUAUUGCAGAGGUGUACCCGCUCUAGCAGAGCUUAUCCAUUGGUUGAAGUCCCAUGGAACUUAUCUAGCAGUUUUUCCUAGAGCACCAUAUGAACUUCUGAGGGUGGAUCUUCACAUGUGUCCUCAGUAUCUCCUUUGCACAUCUUCCCAUGAGCAUCUCCUCAGUUUCUCCUCAUGUGUUUCUAGCUUUGUUUCCUCAAGAGUAUCUCCUUUUUUAAUUCUCUGCACCUCUUGCUAGCAUUUAUUGCUUGUUCUUAAAUGCAUUUCAGCAGAGGUGCUGUGCUGGUUCAAGAUUUGGCAUAUAAUGGACUGUUUAUAUCAGUUUCAGUGCUAGCUAGUAACUGUUUUGACAGGCACAGGGCAGUUUGUGACUAUUGCCGUGUGUGCCACCUUUGCAGCCCACUGAAACCCAGCAGUUUAGGCCCAGGACAGCUUUACACAGUAAAGAAAGGAAUGCAAAUGCAGCUUCUCCUGAGCUGUUAGUCACUGCUGGGGCAGUGGCUUUGUUCAAGAGACUUUUUUUUUCCUGUCUGUGAGCAGGAGGGAAGUGAUCAAUGAGUAUCCAAACGCAUAUCUGGUAAAUUUCGUUCAUCUGCCCAUAAGCUUCUUUAAUGAUACAAUCUUGAAACUUCUGGGUAUUUUUAUAUUGCUCACUUCUGCCGUUGACAGAAGUAAUGUGAAUAUCUUCUGAAAACCAGAAUUAUUGUACACACAGGAGGCUAUCAAAAUUUUCUAUUAUUGUGAAGCAAUUCAUUGUCCUGUCAGUGGAAGAACAUCAUCUGCUAUGACAGCUGCAUUCAUUUGUAUUUCAUUCCAGUACUAAGCUGUUAAUUACCAUGUAAUCUAUGUAACUGACAUUCCAAAAAAAUAUACAAAAACUCUUGGCAGGGUUAGGAUGUCCUUUACGUAUAUAUCUGACCCUUUUGAGGGAGAAGUUUUAAUAUUUCACACACCACUGUUGUAGAUUUGUUGCUGUUUUUUAAGUUCACCUUCAAAGUUGCAUGCAGCAACUAUCUUCAUUUAAUGGAUGAGCAGGUAGACUCUAGAAGGUACUGUCCAUUACAUUUUUGCUUUUACCUUUUCUUCAUCUGAGAUGUUUGUGUUUAAGAAACUUUGUCGUGUAUCAAAAGCAAGGGAGGGUGAUCAAAGCUAAUAACACUGAAGUCCCUGUGCUGUUGAGUCUGAAAGAAUGGAGUCACUUCUUGUAAUUUCAGCACUUUUGUGCUGAAAGGUGAGGUGACCUUUCGCUGAAUCCUGAGAGCCCCUAGCAGUAUACUGAGUAUUUUGCUUUAAUAGAAUUAGAACAUUUCUCAAAACAGAUGAAAGUUGCUUUUAUUUUUUAUCAUUUACAUGCUUCAUUGGAUAGCUAGAGCUCUUCAGCUAUAAGCUGUAAGCUGACAAUGCCCUAGGGGAAGAUGCUGGAAAACAAAAUGGUGUAUUUUUAAUGUGAUUAAAUGGUAAGUUCUAAUUUUGCUUGAAGCCUGUGUCUGUUGAUUGCUGCUUUUUUUUUUUUUGUUGUUGUUGUUGUUUUGCUUUGUUCUUCAUGGGAUUCCAUAUUUCUUCCAGAAAUAUAAGCGCUUAUGCAAGUCAAGUGAAUCUUCCUUAAUGAGCUAUAUGUUUUUAUUCUAAAAAGUCAUUUAUAAUAGUAAAACUGCAUAUCUUGAUAUUUUGUGAGAUGUUACGCUUGUAUUGCAGAGGUUGGAUAGAUUUGUCUAUAAAUAUUGCUGUCUUAAUUGUACAGCAUGGUUUUAAUUUAAUGUUACUGUUCAAUAUUUUCUUCUUAUAGAAGAGUCUCAUGCCCCCUUUUUGUAUAACGUUUUAAUAAAUGUUAUCUGUC